CCGUCUUUUCCUCUACCUUCUUCUCCAUUAUGUUGAGUUCAGCUGCGAGAGACGAGGCCGAUGAAGAUGCGAUACCUUCCCUCUGUUUCAUGGCGGUGAGGGAUGUUCUCUCCAUUUCUACCUCGGACUUGAGCGAAGAAACUGCAGCUCUCAGCUCUUUCAACUCUCAGACUACAAAGUGAUGCAGAAGCUUGUUCGAACUUUGACUUGAGAUCAUUUGUCAGCAUGAGCUGCUCGUUCAGCUGUUGCAAUUCGUCUUCAGCUUGCUUCAGCUCCCUUUCCCAGUUUGAUUUGUCCUGCUCCAAGCCCAAGGCUGCACCAUCUUCAAGCAAUUCCUUGGUCCCGAUGAGUUCCAAGGUUAAGUCCUCGACAGUCUUCUCAAUCUCCUCGGAUGCAGAGGCAAGAUCUUGAUCUUUCCUUGCUGCAACAUGUUCUCUUUCCAUUGAUUCCAGCUCUAGUUGUUCUGAGUCCACCCCUGCAACAACAGUUGUGUUCCUUUCUCUGUUGAUCUCAUCGAGUUCAUCUUCUUGAUUUGCUUGUGCCUCCUGGGAUUCUGCCUUCUCCAGCCUUACGUUCAGCUCCUCCAUUAAUCUCUUUGCGUGAUCUAACUCCGUCAGCACAUGUUCUUUGGUAACUUCUGCAGCUUCACAUUGUUGUCUGUACUUUGUAAUUUCUUCUCGUAUCUUCUCGAGUUCAAGUUGGAUAUGCUUCUGCCUCUACAUAUAUAUCACAUCAAUGAAAAAUCAAACUAAUAGAAAAUGAUUUGACUUGAAUGAUCAGAGUUUAGUGGAAAACUAUAUAUAGGAAAAUAAAUAUACCUCUAUGGUUAAGAUUGUUUGAGCUUCUCCAUCAACGAUUCCUCCAAACCUACUUAUGGCAUCCUUCACAGACUCAAAGGGUGCAGCAGUGUCGAUGUGCCCUCGAUCUAUGUCAUAUUUUCCUAUACUCUCUGAUAGUUUUGACAUCUUCGGUGAAGAGUCAUUUAUUUUAAGUGCCUCCAAUGAUGAAAUUAAUAUAAUAAAUCAAUCCAGAAUGUGUAAAAAAGGAUUUGCAAUUAUUAAUGGAAAAUAUAAUAUAAUAAAUUGAAUUUACCUCUUCAGACACAGCCAUUUACUGAAGAUGAUCACUGCAUUCAUAAAGAAAAUAUAAGCCAAAAUGAAUUUAUUCUAUUUAGAACUGCUAAACCAUGCAAAAUUCUCUCAUAAAGGAAAAUGUUUCUACAGGCUGACACUAACAAGAACAUGCAAGGAAGUGAGAUGAAGGUAAAGACGGAAAACUUACAUGAACUUUCUCCCUCUUCUCUCUUUUAAUCCAAUGUGCUUGGUGAGGAGAGUUCAAAUAGGAGGGAGAAGAGGUGGAAGACCACUUUUCCAAAACUCUCACUGCCUUUGAACCAUCAAUAUUUUGGUCUCUCUGCUGGCUUGUAAGCCUGUCUUUUCCUUUAAUACAAUGAUCUUGAUGAGUUCGAUUGUCCAUAUCCUUUUAACGGGUUGAUGAUGACUCUGCCACCUCACAGUACUUCAUUGACACCUUGUUUAAUAGUUGUAUGGGUCAAAAUAUUGAGAAGGGAUCAUAAAUGUGAGUAUAUUUGAAUUAGUUUAUUAUCUGUAUUGCUGAUAUAGGACUCAUUUGAAUGGUCGAACAUCUCUGUUUAUCCUACGUAGAAUGAUCUCUAUGGUCAAUGGCUUAAAAUAAAUAGGUACUCCAAAUAGUGCAAUUUCUCUGUAUUAUUUUCACAUUUUAGGCUGAGUAAAGUAUUCCUUAUAAUUACAAUAAGAAAAGAUAAGCUUUUUCUUUUAAUCGCUUAGCUAUGUUACAAAUCGAUGCAUAUGUGAAAUGAAUUGAACACUGUAAAUGCUGGGAAGGUAGUGCACACUGCAGUGAAGCAACUCUUUCGAGGUCCCAUGUCCCUCCCCCACUCGGUCUCUACUGUUCUCUUCCUCCCUCGCCCAAUAACUUGGCCUCCGUAGCUCCCACGGCGAAGAGGAGUUGUAGCCUUCUGCCAUCUCCGAACCAUAAGCCCCCCCCCAUUAUCUGCGCACUUCUGCUUCCAUGGUGGACGUCGACCGCCACAUGGCGGCCCUGACACCCGCCCACGCCGCCGGCCUCCGCCGCCUCUCCUCCCGCGCUGCCGCUGCCGCUGCUCCCUCCUCCUCCUCCCGUCGCCGCGGCCUCCACUCCCACCGCCCCCUCGCCGAGGAUGUCCUCUCCCACCUCCGCGCGUCUUCCGUCCCCCUCGGCCCGGGACUCUCCGAGCCCGAGCUCGCCCGUCUUGAGGCCGAGCUCUCCCUCUCCUUCCCCCCGGACCUCCGCGCCCUCCUCGCCCUCGCCCUCCCCUCCGCUCCCGGCUUCCCGGACUGGCGCGCCCCCCGCCCCGGUCGCCUCCUACGCCUCCCCCUCGCCGCCGCCGCCCUUCAGGUCGCCCAUGGCGCUCUCUGGCCCCGCUCCUGGGGGCCUUGCCCCGCCGAGCCCGUGCGUGCCCUCCGCUGCGCCCGCGCCGCCCUGCGCCGUGCUCCCUUGCUUCUUCCGCUCUUCCGUCGCUGCUACCUCCCCUGUUACCCCUGCCUUGCUGGGAACCCCAUCUUCUACGUGGACGACACCCGCGUCUUCUCCUGCGCCCUCGACCUGGCCGACUUCUUCCAGCGCCAUUUCGCGGCCCUUCAGCCCCCGGCGCCCUCCUUUCCCCGGAGCCUCGACGCCACCGCCGGAUUCAGCCCCCGCCGAAUAGACUUCUGGAGCGAAGCCGCCUUCGACAGCCACUGCCGAAACUCCUAUUCAUCGUCGUCGUCGUCGUCCUUGUGCACCUCCUCUUCAUCCGCUCCCGAGACGCCAUCCUCGUCCUCGUCAUCACCGCCGCUGGACCGGGAGCGGUUCGUGGAGAUCCCGACGCCAAGACUGACCUGGUUCACGAGCUACCUGGACCGGCUAGGCUCGGUCCUGAGGCAAGGCGGGUGGGGGGAAUCGGACAUCAGUGAGAUGGUCUACAUGUCGUCUACGGGGGCCUUCAACGGCUACCAGGACGCCGCGGUCGACGCGGAGGCGGUUCUCGACGCGCUGCUCGUGAAGGUGGACGUCUGCUCCGACUCGCUACUUAGAGCUGGCUGGGGCUCCGACGAGUUCCCCGACACGCUGGACCUCGACCUCGGGCCGCGAAGAGGGACGGAACGCCACCCACCGGUGAAGGUACCGCCGGCGAUUGCUCUUAAAAUCGAGAAGCUCGCCGAGGCGGUGCGCUGAGCCGUAUAACGAGUUGAGACUGGAGCACAUUGCACGGUAAAGUGUGUGACCGAUGAGUCAGCACGGCUUGAUCGAUGGAUUGAUGUAGGGAGCCUUUUACCGAUUGAGCUGGUUGUCAGAGACGAUUAGAUCCUCGAGUCGGGGGGUGGGUUGAUCGAUGACUCACCAUGGGGGCACUGGUCCGCGACUCCGGAGGUUGGGCUGCCUUCCUACAAAAAUGGUUUUCGUCGGGUGAUUCCCGACUUUGGUCCCUCCGAUGAGCAAGUCAGUAAGUAGUCUUUCUUUUUCUCCUUUUUUCUUUUGAAGGCCGGGUAGAAGUCUUUAUACUGUCGUGAAAGGAUCGGUCGUAUGUGGAUUGGCAUGAUAAACACAGCACGACAUUUAUACGGAUUC